GUAUUGAUUUUUGAUAAAGAAAUAAAACAAAGAUUUUUUGGGUGGGGGAAUGUGUAUGUCCGAAAAAUUCGUAAUAUUUAUAUGUGAUUUGUAUAAAGAUUAAGUAAAUUUGGGUAAAAAGUAUAUUCAAAGCUUUACACUUUAAUAUGGAAGUAUUUAAUAAAUUUUAUUCAACUGUCAGUACAGUAACUUCGCAGCUCUCUGGUGUGACAAAUUAUUUGCCUGGGAAUAAUGUUACACGCGAAUAUGAAAUACUCGAUCAAGUAUGUACAGCAGGAAUAGGUCUUAUGUGGAAAGUAUACAACGGUUACAAAAAGAGCACAAAACAAGAGGUAUCAGUUUUUGUUUUCGAAAAGAAAUCACUUGAAAGAUUAUCAAGAGAAGAUCGGGAAAUUGUGCUUGAAACACUUCGCCGUGGUGUGCAGCAACUUACAAAAAUAAGACAUCCCCACGUCCUAACUGUGCAGCAUCCGCUUGAAGAAAGUAGGGACUGUUUGGCAUUUGCGACUGAACCAGUGUUUUCAUCAAUAUCUAAUAUAAUUGGUGAUAAUAUUCGUCCAGAAAAUAAACUUUAUGAUGUCGAAAUCAGACACGGAUUACUACAGCUAUUUGAUAGUUUAAUGUUUUUGCAUGACGAUGCAAAGAUAAUCCACCGUAACGUAUGCCCUGAGUCUAUUAUAAUUAAUAAAAAUCGAAAUUGGAAAUUGUUUGGUUUUGAUUUUUGUAUACAUCACAAUACAACAAGCGAUGGCAAAAGCCAAUGGCCUUGUCGCGAGUAUUCCACAAAUAUCCAUGCAUUUGCUCAACCAAAUUUAGAAUAUACUGCACCAGAAGUGGCUUUAAAUAAUAUCAACACUCCAGAGAGUGAUUUAUUCUCCCUUGGUGUGCUAAUUUUCGCUAUAUAUUCUGGUAAACCUUUAAAAAUGUUUGGUAACGAUUAUAGUUCGUUUCGACGCUACGCAGCGGAACUAAACCAGCGAAAAUAUCCACCAAUGAAUAUUGUGCCAAAUGACAUUACUGAUAGCUUAAAAGCACUUCUACAUCCUAGUCCUAGUUUGAGACCAAAAUUACAUGAACUUAAACAGAUAAAUUACUUUCAAGAUGUUGGAGUUAAAACGCUUAGCUAUCUUGAUUCCUUAUAUCAAUGGGAUAAUUUACAAAAAUCCAAAUUUUACAAGGGUUUGCCCCAAAUUAUACAAAAUCUUCCGCAUCGUGUUAACUUACAUUCCAUUUUGCCACAUCUUGUUAAAGAAUUUAUAAACUCUCCAAUGAUUCCCUUUGUUUUGCCUAAUGUACUGCUCAUAGCUGAAAUGAGUACGCAAAAAGAAUAUGGCACUCAUAUACUACCUCACCUUAAACCAAUUUUUAAACUAACUGAUCCUAUUCAGAUUUUAUUGAUUUUUAUGCAAAAAAUGGACUUGUUAUUGAAACUUACAUCGGCUGAAGAAGUUAAAUUACAUGUUCUACCAUUACUAUAUCGCUCAUUAGAAUGCGAUAUGCCACAGAUUCAAGAAUUAUGUCUAUCGGUACUACCAACAUUUUCAACUUUAAUUGAUUAUAAUGCCAUGAAGAAUGCAGUAAUACCUCGCAUAAAAAAGCUUUGUCUAUGCAGCACAAAUAUAUCAAUAAAAGUUAAUUGCUUAGUAUCAAUUGGAAAGCUAUUAGAAAACUUAGAUAAAUGGCUAGUAUUGGAUGAAAUUUUGCCAUUUUUGCAACAAAUACAAAGUCGAGAACCUGCAGUAAUUAUGGCUAUAAUAGGCAUAUACAAAAUUGCGAUGACUAAUACAAAGCUUGGAAUAACUAAAGAUGUAAUGGCCCAUAAGUGCAUACCAUUUCUUAUGCCGCUAUGUGUAGAAAAUGGCUUAACAGUUGCACAAUUUAAUACCAUAGUUCUACUUAUCAAAGAAAUGUUCAACCGCGUUGAAAAAGAACAGCGUGAAAAAUUGGAACAAUUAUCAACAAUUCAAAGGGACAACAGACCUAAAGAUGCUUCAGAAAUAUUAACAUCCGAAUUAGAAAAAUCAAAUUUAACAAUUUCAAACUCUGAUGAUGACGAUAUGUUUUCUGAGUUUUCGAUGUCAAAAGCAAAUAAACCCACAACAUUGCAAAAUCAAAAGGAAGCUAAAGGAAAAACGAUGUCAUCCUCAAAUGACGUACUGAAAAUAUCACAUGAUAACUGUUUUAAACCUGAUAUCUUAUCAUCACUAAUGAACUCAAAUCUGACUUGUUUAAAUAAUUCUACUGAAAAUAAAGUCGGUUUCUCAAAUGUCACUCGGUACAACAAUAUUUCAAGUCCUUCUACUAAUGUCGGUACGUUGACUCGCAAUUGGCAAAGUACGAAUCCAUUAGUAAUGAAUGAUUUAUUACCAUCGCCAUCAACGCAAAAAAAAACCAAUAAUAAUAUUUCAUCAUUAGAUGAUUUUGAUCCCUUCAGCAACAAUGUAGGCCCAAGUGCAAAUACGUAUACUUUACAAAAACCAACUGUUAAUUAUAUAUAUCCAUCAAAUUAUAAAUCAAAUGCAAAUAAUAGUAUUAAUUCUACAAAUGUGGGUCUCACUACUUGGAACAAAACACCUGCAUUAAGUCCUCAAUCAACGCAGCAAAUACAAGACAAUAGAAAUUUAAAUGUACUAUCACAGCAAGACAUACUAAAUUUUUUGAACUAACAUAAAUCAAUGUAAAAUAAAAUGGUUUUAUUUUUUAAAUAAUCGUCUACUUCUAAUGAAAUACAUUUAUGUUGUGUU